UGUCAACUAAAAUUCAUCGUCGGUUAUCUUUUCCUUUAGCAUUUAUUUGGUUUUAAGCUGUGCUUGCGCGAGAGGUGUCUUUAUCUUUAUUAAUAGACACCGCUAAGAUAUUAAUUCUUUACUUUAUAUAAAUUACAUUAAGACACGAUGGCUAAGCAACUUUACAAAGUCGCUGAUAUGUCUCUGGCUGACUUCGGUCGCAGGGAAAUCAUGUUAGCUGAAAAUGAAAUGCCUGGCUUAAUUGCUUGCCGUAAGAAGUAUGGGCCACAAAAAGUCUUAAAAGGUGCUAGAAUUGCUGGAUGUUUACACAUGACAAUCCAAACUGCUGUUCUCAUUGAAACUUUGGUCGAAUUGGGAGCUGAGGUUCAAUGGUCAAGUUGCAACAUUUUCAGCACCCAAGAUCAUGCUGCAGCUGCAAUUGCUGCAUCAGGAGUACCAGUAUAUGCCUGGAAAGGGGAAACUGAGGAGGAAUUUAUUUGGUGCAUUGAGCAAACAUUAGUAUUCAAGGAUGGACAGCCAUUUAAUAUGAUUUUGGAUGAUGGUGGUGAACUUGUGAACAUAGUCCACAACAAAUACCCUCAAUUUGAAAGGAAUCAAAGAGGUGUCAGUGAAGAAACUACAACUGGUGUCCACAACCUGUAUAAGAUGAUGAAGGAUAACACUUUGACCUUGCCUUGCAUAAAUGUUAAUGAUUCUGUAACCAAGAGUAAAUUUGACAAUUUGUAUGGUUGUCGUGAAUCAUUGAUUGAUGGAAUCAAGAGAGCCACUGAUGUCAUGAUUGCUGGUAAAGUUUGUGUUGUUGCUGGUUAUGGAGAUGUAGGUAAAGGCUGUGCACAAGCUUUAAGAGGAUUUGGUGGAAGAGUUUUGGUUACUGAAAUUGAUCCGAUUAAUGCCCUUCAGGCUGCAAUGGAAGGAUAUGAAGUGACAACAAUGGAGGAUGCCAGUAAAGAAGCCCAAAUUUUUGUAACAACAACUGGAUGUAAAGAUAUUAUUCGUGGUGAACAUUUCAUGAAUAUGAGGGAUGAUUCCAUUGUUUGCAAUAUUGGUCAUUUUGAUUGUGAAGUCGAUGUAGCUUGGUUAAACAAAAAUGCUAAAUGCAAAGUCAACAUUAAACCUCAAGUUGACAGGUAUGAACUUUCAACUGGAGCUCAUAUAAUAUUAUUGGCAGAAGGACGACUUGUCAACUUAGGAUGUGCAAUGGGACAUCCUAGCUUUGUUAUGUCAAACUCUUUCACAAAUCAAGUUUUAGCUCAAAUUGAAUUAUGGACAAAACCAGGACAAUAUGCAGUUGGUGUACACAUGUUACCCAAAAAACUUGAUGAGGAAGUAGCAGCUUUACACUUAAAUCAUUUAGGAGUUAAAUUGACUAAACUCACUCCAAGUCAAGCAGCUUACAUAAAUGUGCCUGUUGAUGGUCCAUUCAAACCUGACCAUUAUCGUUACUAA